AUGUUAUAUGGCGACGUGUUUGACUACAUUAUAGUUGGAGCCGGCUCUGCUGGCUCUGUGGUUGCUAGUAGAUUAUCAGAAAAUGAUGAUGUCACUGUAUUACUAGUUGAAGCUGGUGAUGAUCCACCUUUGGAGUCAAUUCUUCCAGCUUAUAUGCCAUAUUUGCCGGAGACAAAGUGGGACUGGAACUACACUUCCAUACCAAAUUGGACUCAAAAAUGCCACAAGGGUGGAGUGACCACCAUGACUCGGGGUAAAAUGCUGGGUGGCAGCAGUAGUAAUAACUUAAUGGGUUACGUCAGAGGAAACCCCCAUGACUACAAUACUUGGGCAAGUAUAGUCAAUGACAAUUCUUGGAACUACAACAAUGUCUUACGAUUAUUCAAGAAAAGCGAAAGACUACACGACAGUCUAGUUCUCAGUUCUCGAACGGGAAAAUAUCACGGCACUAACGGUUAUUUGGGAGUGUCAAGAUUUCCAGAACGUAGUUCUGUUAAAUAUUUAGAGGCAUUUCACGAAGUUGGUCACAAAAUUGUGUUAGACACAAAUGGAAGAGAUACUUUAGGCUACAAUGAGCCUAUGUUUACGGUAGCUGAUGGAGUUCGACAAAGCACGGCCCAGGCUUUUCUUGGUCCUGCUAAACAUCGCUCAAACUUAUUUGUGGCUAAAAAUACUUUGUGCACCAAAAUUAUUUUCGAUGGAAAUAAUGCAGUUGGAAUAGAAACAGUUGAUGAUCAAGGUAAAUAAAAGAUAUUCAAGGCUGCAAAAGAAGUUAUUAUAUCGGGUGGAACCAUAAACAGUGCUCAACUUCUAAUGUUAUCAGGCAUAGGACCUAAAAAGCAUCUAGAAGAUCUAGGAAUACCUGUGAUAGCCGAUCUACCUGUUGGUGAAAAUUUACAAGAUCAUGCUCCGAUCUUGUCUGUGUACCCGACUGAAAGGUUAGGGCCAAAAAAGCCAAUAAAUCCACACAAACCAUCUCAAACAAUUAUAGGAUAUGUUGCAAUGAACGAAUCCCAAACUUACCCAGAUUAUCAAACGAUCAUUAUAGUUACAGCGACAGAUGAGUUUCUUCAAACGUGUGCUUUUUUGUUUAACUUCGAUAAUGAAAUUUGUCAGAAAUAUCACGAAGAGAGUAUAGGUAAAGAAGUAUUAUUUGUUCUUACUGUCCCGUUACAUCCAAAAUCUCGCGGAAGGAUUUUAUUACGCAGCCGAGACCCCAAAGAGCAUCCAUCAAUCGAUCUUGGCACUUUUUCUAACAAAGAAGAUUUAGAAGAUGAUAUUUUAUUUAUAAGAGAUGUGGAUCGCGUAUCCAAAUCAAAGUUCUUUCUUAGCAACAAUGCUACACUUCUAUCUUCACCUGGUUGUGAAGAUUUGGAGCGUGAUAGUAAGGAAUACUGGUUGUGCCACAUUCAAUGUAUGGUGACCACGAUAUGGCACUACGUGGGGACUUGUGCCAUGGGUUCGGUGGUAGACUCCAGGUUAAGGGUUUUUGGUGUGAAGAAUCUUCGAGUCAUUGACGGCAGCGUGAUGCCCACCAUCACUAGUGGUAACACCAAUGCACCGAUCAUCAUGAUCGGAGAAAAAGGCGCUGAAAUGAUUAAAGAAGACAAUUAA